UUUACUUCUUAUACAAUACAAGAGGUCAUAUACAGAGACCUUCACUUCUCUCUUUCUCUCUCAACAUUCAACCUUCUUUUCUUUCCCCUUUUCACAACCAUUUCUGAGAUUCCUUCUCUAGUUUUCUCUUAUUGUACAAUUCCCACUUACAUCAAUCCUUUCGGUUGUUGCUAGAUUGCUUAUGUGAAAUUUCUUUAAAGGACUGUAAAAAGACAACCUUUCUGGGUUUAUUGGUUCCUGCUUUAAAUUUUCUUUCUGGGAACUAUCAUUUCUGGGUUUGCCUAUAAAAGAAAGCAUUUAUACAUAACUAUUGUAUUUUUUCAGAAAAAAAAAAACAUUUUUUUUUAUUGAUUUUGUUGUUCAAAGAUUUUUUUUCUCUCAUUUUCCUGCAAUUAUUUCGUCAUAUCCUUUAAUAAAUCUGCGGGAAAGAUUGAUACAUGGGUAAACAAGGUCCUUGCUAUCACUGUGGAGUUACAAGCACACCACUCUGGCGCAAUGGACCACCCGAGAAGCCGGUACUAUGCAAUGCAUGUGGGUCUCGGUGGAGGACCAAGGGAACUCUUGCAAAUUAUACCCCUUUACAUGCUCGAACAGAAACUGAUGCUUGUGGGGAUCAAAGGGUUUCCAGGAUAAAGAGCAUAUCAAAUAAGAGAGAAAUGACAUUGCUCAAGCCAAAUAAUGACCAUGAUAAUGAACUAUCUGGAGAGUUUGCACCUGAUUACAACCAGGGAUGUCAAAUCUUUGCAGAUGAAGAUGCAAGCAACCGAUCAAGUUCCGGAUCAGCUAUUUCUAACUCAGAGAGCUGUGCACAAUAUGGUGCCAUGGAUGCUUGUGAUCUGACAGGUCCUGUUCAGUCAGUGGUUUGGGAUGCCAUGGUGCCUUCAAAAAAGAGGACAUGCGUUGGCCGGCCAAAGGCUUCUUCUGUUGAGAAGCUAACAAAAGAUUUAUGUACCAUUCUUCAUGAACAACAGUCUUAUUUCUCUGCAUCUUCUGAAGAAGAUCUUCUUUUUGAAAGUGAAACACCAAUGGUCUCUGUUGAGAUAGGACAUGGAAGCAUUCUCAUCAGGCAUCCUAGCUAUAUAGUCCGUGAUGAAGAGUCCGAGGCUAGUUCUCUUUCAGUUGAUAAUAAACAAUGCCCAACGAGUGAGGCAUAUUCUUAUGUUGGUCCCAUUAUGAUGCAUAAUGAUUCUAGUUACUUGAAGCCAUCAUCUCUAGAAGUUGAAAAGAUCAGGAACUAUACUGACCAAGGAUGGCAGCCGGAACAACAUAAAAGUGAUAAGUCUCAACUUGAAAGAGUACAGAUCCUUGGCAAUCAUGAAUCACCCCUGUGCUCUAUAGAUUUAAAUGAUAUAGUAAACUAUGAAGAGUUUUUGAGAAUCUUGACAAAUGAAGAGCAACAACAGUUACUGAAGUUACUUCCUGGGGUUGAUACUGCUAAACUUCCUGAUAGCCUUAAAGUCAUGUUCAAUAGUUCUCAAUUCAAGGAGAACAUAACUUGUUUUCAGCAGCUUCUUGCGGAAGGGGUUUUUGAUAUCUCUUUGUUGGGGGCAAAACCUGAAGACUGCAAGACUUUGAAAAGACUUGCAAUAUCCAAUCUGUCGAAGUCAAAAUGGGUUGAACACUAUAAUUUUCUCAAGAAAUGUAAAAACAAAGGUGGAAAAUUUGAUUCUUUUGGAUCUGCUGUUACAGCAACAACUAAUGGUGCAAACAAGAGAACGCGUGACAGCAGAAAUCAAAACUUCCCAGAAUUGAAUACAGAAAUGAGGAGCCCAAAAAGAAUGAUCACAAAGGUUAGCUGUGAGGUGAAAGAGGGUGUAGAAGAUGGUGCUUGCUAUAGUCCAAAAAGCCUAUUUGCUUUGCCUACUGAUGCUAGUUCACUCAUGCUUGGUUCUUUGAACUUUGUGGAGGAGAUCAGUGAGCAGGAUCUGCUGCUAGAGGUGCCAUCUAACACUUCUUUUCCUCAGGCAGAGCUCUUGCACCCAAGUGCUAGUAGCAGCUCAGUCUACUCACAUCUUAUUCAUCAUUAAGCACACACACUCUUUACCAGUUCAUUUGGAUGCUUAAUUAUGGACCAUGUUUUACAUCUUAAACACAUGAUGGUUGUGCUUUUGUUUACUUGCAAGUUGCAACCUUCCUUAGCUUGGAUUGCCAACUAUGAAAGUUGGGUGGCUUUUUCACUUCUUUUUUUUUGUUGUUGUAUAGGUUGGUAUAAGGUUGUAACAUAGCAUGACAUGAAGAGGGAUUAUGUAAUAAUAUCCAGAGCUUUUGUGAAUAA